AUGACUGUGAUUUCCGCGGUGGCUUCGAAACUUUGGGAGCAAGAACCUCCACAUGUAAUAGAUCUUACAAAAGCAUUGCACAAGAUGCAAACAUGCAUCACUCUAAAGCUUUUCCAAAACCUGUUCGUCACAAAAAGCGCGAGAGAAGUCAAGGAAUUUCGAAUGUUACGUUGUUCUGAUUUAUCCAUGAAACAAAACCCCAAUUUCAAUGUUACCAAAGUGGAGAACGUUUUAGUGAGUCCCGGGCCCGAAAAACUGUCCACCUAUCCCAAUCCCAAUCUCUCCCUUGACAAUCGCCAAGGGGCAAUAGAUUUAGACGAUGUUGAUAACCUAUCGCAUGCGGGAAUGAAUUUGGAAUCUUCGGGAAACUUUUAUCCAAGCUCAGGGAUAAUGUUGAAUGACUACUUUGAAAGACUUGCUCCUGAUGCGACUGUAAUUCAAGAUUAUAGUUCACUCGGUAUCCUGUCAACAAUCACGGAUGAUAACCCGCUAAGCGUUUCGAUCGAAACAUCUCAAAAUUUGACGAAUAACUUGAAAAUACAUGACGAAUUCUUUACAAACGAUUUUGACACCAUCUCCUCGAUUUCUGAUCAUGUUUCGAACAUGAAUUUAUUGUCAGAUUUUGUGGAAUUGAAUUUCUACUCUGGGUAA